AUGAGGCGUGUGCAAAAUACAUGCAGGGUGAUGAUUUCCGGCGUCGGAGUGACGUCUACGGCGUCUACCGACCAGGCAGCCCACAUGCAGUGUCGAGGACAGUCCUUCUUUGGCGAGCAGCGCACGGCAGCGCGGCGGUCUAAGCAGGCAUACAGUCACCCACUCGCGCCAAAUGACCCGGCCUCUCGCAACAUCGUUAUUCCCGACGCAGUCCACGCCAAGGCACGCUCCCCGGCAGCGCUUCCAGCAGAGGUGCUGCAAAAGCGGGCGCAACGCGCCCUUUUGAUGCAACUGCAGCAGAACAUCAUUUGGGAGGGUACCGUCAUUGAUGACGAGCGGCACCAUUUGAUUCAGCACUUUAUGAAGCUGCGUCAGAACCACAAGUACCGUUCUUCCAAGAAUAUGAUGAUCAUCACCGGUAAAGACAUGAUGCGCGAGCUUUUUGAAGAAGGCUACACACCACGCCAUCUGUUGAUCCGUGAUGGGCAAGAUGUGCCGUCAUGGACAAGCAAGAAGGGUGUGAAGACGGAGAUUGUGCGUGUAGACAGGCAUGUGGCAGAGGUCUGUGCACCAGGCAAUGAUGGUUUCAUUGGCGACUUUGAAAUCCCGCCACCACCACCAAAGGAACAACUUAUCGCGAACAAGCAGCGAUUUGAUCGGAUUCUCGUGCUCGACAACGUGGAUGAUCCUGGUCUCCUUGGCACCGUACUUCGCACCGCUGCAGGGUUUCAGUAUGACGCCAUUAUCGCGACGAACCACUGCGCGGAUCUGUACGAUCACCGUGUGGUACGGGCAGCGCGUGGAGCUCACUUCCAGAAGGCUGUUCCUAUUUACACCUUGAAGGAUGAGGACGGUGACAAUGUGUACGGUAUGUUGAACCAUAUUGUUCAAAGAAACAACUUGUCGACAGUCUGCAUAACCCCUGUAGACGACGAUGAUGAUAUUGUUGAAAGGAACACUAACGAUGGUAGGGGAAAGUGUUUGGUGUCGCGGAGCCCGCUCAUGAACACGUCGGCUGUAGAGCGGGAGGCACUUUCCGACUACUGUCGCCGCCGCUUCACCAACGAGGCGGCACGAGGCCAGCUCCUUAUCGCAGGACCCAACCACAAGCGCAACUCUGUGCGACGCUGGUCGCAGCAGCUCGUUGGACCCUUGACGCAGCUUCUGCUCGAUGAGGUGCCUCAGACCGACGCGUUGGUGAUGUUCUCUGUUGCCCUUCACGCCCUGCGCCCGCGCGGAAACUGGGACUAUCUUCCCAUUUGUGAUCCGCAGGAAAGCGGCACCGCGACAGUGGAGCUGCAGUCAAGGACAGCAUCGGUCGAUAUUGGCGCCGAUCGUCUCGACAUGAGCGAGCGAGACUUAAACCUUGACGAGGAGGAGCAGGUGCAAAAGGCCCACUUCGACAAUGAGUUCAUGCGGUGGCGACGGCUGCAGCGGCGGAAGAUGAACGACUACGACCACUGGAUGGAGGCGGAGACCCGGCGCGUGAGGGAGAUGGCGGCGAAUGAGCGGCGGCGGCGCGAAACCCCGUGGGCACGGCUGCGGUGGCGCCAUCAGAAGGGCGCUGCGGGGCUGGCACCUUCGGUGCCAAACAUCAUCGAUGAGUACCGCAUGCCGCUCGACCGCGAUGCACUGCGUGAGGAGCGGGGCGUGAGCGACGAGUACGUGCGGCCGGCAAACUAUGAUGCGCGGAAUUCGAGGCAGUCCUCGUGA